AUUACACUAUAUAGAAUGAUGUCUGUGCAUGGACCAUAUGUCCAUAUAAGAUAUAAUAUUUUAGUCAUAGACCUAUUAACCUAACCUGGUUAUUAGGUCUAUGAUUUUAGUCCAUGCAUUUUGAUUUUCGGAGAAUUCCAUGGGUUGAGCGGAAGUGCAACAUCUGGUUUUAAAUUAACAAGUUGUUUUAUUAAUUUAUUUAUCUGUGAUCAGAGUAUUGUUCCUUAUACACCUUAGUGUUUAUAUUAAUUAUUACUUAUAUGGUAAAGUUAUAUAGUAUGAUUGUAGCAAAUUAAAAUUAGGUUUAUUUUAAAAUAUUUGGCAGUUUAUUAGUUGUACUUUUUAUUAGUACCUAAAGUCAUGAAACACGAUGACAAGUUUAAUAGUCCGGCCGGAGGAGCAAAAAACCAACAGGUGGAGAAAAAAUUGAAUGCGUUUACUCCAACCAAGAAAAACAAUGAUGAAAUUAUGAUGAGUGAUCUAGACACUCAGUUCAGCAUUAUUGAGAAGUUAAGAAAUAGCCCUAAGGAUUCCAAACGAAUCAAAGGCAAUGGCAGAAGUUUUCCAUCCUCUUUUGAUGGAAGGAAGCAUUCACUCAAUAAAAGUGGUGAGAGCUCAAACAUCAAAGACACCAAUGCACGAACAGCAAAAACUGAAAGAGAUGACAAAGCAAACGCUAGGAAAAUAGCAGCUUUUGUUAGGAAAGUAUUACACAAUGAAUUACCCAAAGAGAAGGUGGAAUGGCCACUAUGUUUAUUGAUUGAAUCCAAACAAUCUAUCAAAAUUUCUCAACAAGAGUUUCGAAACAUGAUCAUAGACAAAUCUGCUGAAGUCAUGGCCACCAAAUCACGUUAUGCAAAACAAAUGGUUAAUAUAUCAGUUUGUAAAGAACAUCAACGCUCAUAUUAUGAAAAAUACAAACAAUUACUAAAUGAUAUAAAUACUAUGAAUACCGAACUGAAUCUUAUGAAUAGGAUGCCUAGCAAUGCGGUUAAACAUGUUAGAAAUGUUGGAACCAAUAUCAAUACGCCUGUAAACUAUUACCAUGCCAAAAAUUAUUGGAGAGUUCAGCACCGGUACUAAGCUAAGAAUUCAUUGACUGCUAAUUUGUAAGAAGUUCACUUUUAUAAAACUUUUUAUUAUUAAUUGUAUUGCUCUUUAACUAAGGUAUUUAAUUUUCCUAUAAAUCAGAAACAUAAUUCCUCAUUAUUUUUGUAACCAAGCCAUAAGUUAUAAAUAAAUAUUUUUGUACUUAGUUAA